AUGACCUUUGUGUUAGACGGCACGGAUGAUGGUGACGAGCAGCUGUUGGUGUCCGCUUUGGAUGCGGACUGCCUGGGCUUCGUCAUUCGGCAUGCCGACGCUUCGGCAGCUGUCGAUGCUUUGCUGUCUGCGUCGCGCCGAGCUGUUCGUCGCGCCAGACUCCGCCUCCUGCUGCUGCCGGUGGAUAGGGACCAUCCCGUCAAUGCGAGCGACGUCUUUGGUCUCGCAGACAUCAAGCUCGUCCCUGAUAUUCUGGUGGUCAGGACAGUGGAUGAGGGAAACAGCUUCAAGCUGGUGACAGUAAAAUUUACAGGUCAAGCGACAUGGCGGGACGAGCUGGUGGUGGCGCGGUGGUACUACGGGAGCGGCUUAGACCGGCCACUGGCUGAGCCGUUUGCAAGUAGACUGGCAAACUUGGAGGGCCGCCAGCUGGUUUUCGCGACUCUUCACUAUCCUCCAUACGUCGUAUUGGAGGGCGCUCCAGGAAUCCUCGACGGCACAGAGACCCGCAUUCUUAGCGAAUUCAUCAACAAGGUGAAUGCCAGUUGGCAAGUGACGGAAUACGCCGAGGAGAAAUGGGGCGCCAUCUGGGACAACAACGGUUCCGGGAACGGCAUCCUGGGCGCGGUGGUGAACGGCGAGGCGGACGUGGCUUACGCGGCGGUCUACCAGUGGUUCCACGAGUACCUGUUCCUGGACUACACGCGGCCCUACGUGCGCACCGGCAUCACGUGCCUGGCGCCGCGGCCGCUGGUGCAGUCCGGCUGGCAGGUGCCGCUGCUGCCCUUCUCAGCCGGCAUGUGGGCUGCCGUCGCAGCCUCAGUCCUGCUCGCCACCCUCGCCCUCUUCGCUACCAAGAUGGCUACCACCUGGGUUCUAGUAGUCUUCUGUACAGGCAGCGUUGGCGGGGCUGCGGACGGGCGGUACUCGACGGUGGAGGACUGCUUCUUCCGCUCUUUGGGCCUGCUGGUGCUGCAGGCGCCGGACGUGGAGCGGCGCCACACACGUGUCGUGGGCCCCACGCGCCACGUGCUGUCCUGGCUGCUGAUCGCCUACCUGCUCGUCACCGCCAGCUACGGCAGCGGACUCUCCUCCGUGCUCACUGUGCCCAGAAUUGCGGUGGAGUAG